UAGCUAUUAAACUGCUUCCAACUGCCUCCCAGCACACAACCAACACACGAAACUACCGUCAGAGAAGGCACUAAAGGGCAAAAACUGAGUGAAGCAGCACUAAUUGAUCAACUCCUUGACAAGAUACCAUGGCAAAGAAGGUGGCAGUGAUUGGAGCUGGAGUCAGUGGCCUGAUCUCUCUGAAGUGCUGCGUGGAUGAGGGACUUGAACCCACCUGCUUUGAGCAGACUGAAGAUAUUGGAGGGCUGUGGCGCUUCAAAGAAAAUGUUGAAGAUGGCCGAGCAAGUAUUUAUCAAUCUGUCAUCACCAACACCAGCAAAGAAAUGUCCUGUUUCAGUGACUUUCCAAUGCCUGAAGAUUUUCCAAACUUCCUGCACAAUUCUAAGCUCCUGGAAUACUUCAGGAUUUUUGCCCAAAAGUUUGAUCUUCUAAAAUAUAUUCAGUUCCAGACAACUGUCCUCAGCGUGAAAAAACGCCCAGAUUUCUCAUCCUCUGGCCAAUGGACAGUUGUUACUGAGAGCAAUGGCAAGGAGCAAAGUGCUGUCUUUGAUGCAGUCAUGGUUUGCAGCGGCCAUCACAUCCUCCCUCACAUCCCACUGGAGUCAUUUCCAGGUAUCCAGAAGUUCAAAGGCCAGUAUUUCCAUAGCCGCCAGUACAAGCACCCAGAAGGAUUUGAAAGGAAACGCAUUUUGGUGAUUGGAAUAGGAAACUCAGCCUCAGAUAUUGCAGUUGAGUUGAGUAAGAAGGCUGCUCAGGUGUUUAUCAGCACCAGACAUGGCUCCUGGGUCAUGGGCCGUAUCUCUGAAGAUGGCUACCCCUGGGACAUGGUCUUUCACACCCGCUUUAGCUCCAUGCUCCGAAAUGUCCUGCCACGAACAGUUGUAAAAUGGAUGAUGGAACAACAGAUGAAUCGGUGGUUCAACCAUGAAAAUUAUGGCCUUAUACCUCAAAACAAAUACCUUAUGAAAGAGCCUAUACUAAAUGAUGAUCUUCCUAGUCGCAUACUCUAUGGAGCCAUCAAGGUGAAAUCAAAAGUGAAAGAGCUCACAGAAACUUCUGCCAUCUUUGAGGAUGGAACAGUGGAGGAGGGCAUUGAUGUCAUUGUCUUUGCAACAGGCUAUACUUUCUCUUUUCCCUUCCUUGAAGAUCCACUUGUUAAAGUAGAGGAUAAUAUGGUCUUGCUGUACAAGUACAUGUUCCCUCCUCAGCUGGAGAAGUCAACCCUUGCAUGCAUUGGUCUCAUCCAGCCCCUAGGUUCCAUUUUCCCAACUGUUGAACUUCAAGCUCGUUGGGUAACAAGAGUUUUCAAAGGCUUAUGUACCUUGCCCUCGGAGAGAACUAUGAUGGCAGACAUUAUCAGCAGGAAUAAAAGAAGAAUUGACUUGUUUGGAGAGAGCAAUAGCCAGAUACUACAGACCAAUUACAUCGACUACUUGGACGAGCUUGCCUUGGAGAUAGGUGUGAAGCCAGACCUCGUCUCCCUGUUGCUAAAGGAUCUUAAACUGGCUGUGAAACUCUGCUUUGGGCCCUGCAACUCCUAUCAAUAUCGCCUGGUCGGACCUGGGCAAUGGAAAGGAGCCAGGAAUGCCAUCUUCACCCAAAAACAAAGGAUACUGAAGCCUUUAAAGACACGAGCUAUAAAAACUUCAUCUAAUCUCCCAGCUUCCUUUCUGUUGAAAAUCCUGGGGCUUCUUGCUGUUGUGGUGGCCUUUUUUUUCCAACUUCAGUGGUUCUAAUCUGUCCACACAAUGCUUUUGGCUUUAUCAUCAGUUAGUACUUCUUAAAGAAAAAAGGUAAAAGGAAAAAUACUAAAUCUAAACUCUAAAUUUUAUAGCUGAGAGGAACAGUGGGAGAGGCAGUUGUGGAGAGUUAGCAGAAUUAGGUCUAUUUAUAAAACUGAAAUAGUGUCAGAAAAUAUCUAUUCCAUUCUACCCUUCCCUCAAGUUCAUCAGAUUCUCCAAAAUACACAGUAAAAUAAUACUAGCUAAAUGGUUCAGCCAAGCCCUAAUAGAGGUGAGUUGUGUGGGAAAAUUAUAAAAUUACAGAGAAUGAAAAGCAGGCCCCAUGGUUUAAAUCAUUGGGAAAUUUAAAUCGUGGGUAAAUAUUUGAACUCCUGCAUGUUGUUCUUGAGAGUCUUCUUAUCUGGACUGUAUUUGGUAACAAAGUUCUCAGAUAUUAGGUCAUGCUUUGUGGAAAAUAAUUCAAAACACUAAAGAAAAAAAUGAGAAGAUAGAA